AGUGAAUACCUAGCCUCAUGGCGAGGCACUCCCAAAAGAAGAGCGUAGGGCGUCAGUAUAAGAUGCUUUCUUCCAUUGACCACGGUGAAUUCGGCACAGUGAAACUCGCCUGCCACAGGAAAACCGAGGCCCUCGUGGCCAUAAAGACUAUACAGAUCACAGAGAGGCGCAUAAAAAGGAUCCUGUCGGAAGUAUCAAUACUCAAGAUGCUACACCAUCCAAAUAUUAUUUGCCUCUAUCAAGUGCUGGUAACGGCAAAACAUGUCCACCUUGUGACUGAGUUUGCUCCUGGAGGAAACUUAUAUGAUUUGAUAAUUGAAGAUGGCCCCCUUCAGGAAGAAGUGGCGAAGAAAAAAUUCGGACAGAUUGUGUCAGCAAUCAAAUACUGCCACACACUCGAUAUUGUCCACCGGGACAUUAAACCACAAAACAUCGUGGAAGAUGAAGACGGGCUCAUGAAGGUCAUCGAUUUUGGCCUUGCAGCACAUCAGAGACCUGGCACCUUACUGAGUGGGAAAUGUGGGACCAAACGUUUUGCCGCACCAGAGAUUUUACUUGGGGAGCCAUAUGAUGGAAAAAAGUCCGAUGUGUGGAGUCUGGGCGUGCUGCUCUACUUUAUGACCGCCGGGUUUGUCCCCUUCCAAAGAGUUACUGAUAAAGAUACUGGGGAAGAGAUCGUUACACAGACCUAUGCUAUCCCAUCUCACUUUUCUGGGCAGCUCGAAAAUCUUAUUCAUCAAAUGCUCACAGUUCCCAUAGAGAAGAGGCCCUUCAUUGAGGCUAUUGAAGAACACCCAUGGGUCAUAAAGUCUGAACUAAAUAUGUCACCUAAGACCUACCCAGACACCCAAAUAAUAGAUGUGCUCUGUGGCAUGGGGUUUAAUGCCAGUGAGAUUAGGGAGUCAUUGAAAAACCAAAAAUUUGAUGAACCAAUGGGGGCAUAUUUAAUUUUGAAAGAACAAGAAGACAAGAGGGUUGAGUAUAGAUCAAUCACAUCAUCCAAGCCUCUGAACCUGUGCCCUACCCCAUCCCCAUCCGAGUCAUAUCCCUCUGUCUCUGGUCUUCCCCUAGUGAGAAGGGGCAGUGAGCCCAACUUUUGCCCACUCCACAUCUGGCCCUCAGGAGAGCAUGGGCCUGUUGCCUUGGCACCGUCAAGAUACAAGGUGGCCAGAAGUGUCUCUAUGCCUCCCAUUUCUGUAGAUUGUACCAACAAGAAGAGCAGCACUUUUAGCUGUUACCUCCAUUCUGGACAUGGGAGUGACCCAUGUAUCUGCAGAAGCCUAUUGGAGGAUGAAUUGCCUGUGCUUCCUGACCAAGACUAUGACAUUGAAACAUCAUCUCCCCCUCAGCAGAUGGGGUGCUUUGAGAGACUGAGGAACAGCAUCAGGGAGUGCCUGUCAAGACUCAGUUGUUUGCCCAGGGCUUGGAAGAAAAGAACCCAGCAAAGAUUCUCCAAGAAAGUGGCACCCCUGAAAGAGGCAGGAGGCCAAACCCAAUGAAGGGUUAGCAGGCAUCAGAGGCGCAAUCUCUGCUUUGUGUUGUGUGUUCUCUGUCUUUAUUAGUGUCUUCUUGUUGGAAAAAGCAGAAAGGUGUACAUUUCUAGGGUCUCCUGGGAUAUCAGAUGCAUUUCUACUCCAGCUGGAUUAAACUCUGAUCCUGGGCUCACCACCUCAAGAGGAAAUCCGGCUGGACCAUGCCUAGGUGCUAUCUGAUGCAGCUACACUAGCAGUAAUCAGCAAGUGCUAUGGGUACUGCCAAGGUGAAAGGGGAUGUGUGGAGCUGUUGUCCAUGGGGAAUAUAUUCUGAUAGAGACUCUGCUUGGGGACCCAGAGCCUGGCAGAGUGACUAUGGUCAAACACAAAGGGGCCACCUGAGUGUCCCCCUACAUUUGCACUGGACAGGCAGAGUGUGCUGAGCCCUGUGAAGCCUCACAUGGUUGCUUGGAUGCCUACAUGGGGAAGCUGAGCUGGAUGCCCACUUACUGAGUAUCGUGGGUACCCUAUCCAGUGGAGAUGGUUUCAGUGUCACCACAGUGGCAUGCAGACCCUUGGCAUACCAUUCCAUGCUGGUCUUUCCAAACUACUCCUACUCAGGGCAGACUAGGUGGCAGAGGAUCUUCACGGCCACCAGGCUCAAGGCAGCAAUGCCUCACAGUGAUUCCAUCAGGACACUGACCCCUGGCCUUCUCAACUCUCCCUUCUUCUCGUCAUCACAGGUGAACCCAACAGAGGCCUGCUCAAGAGCAAGUAAGGAGCAGAGAUGGGAAGCAUCCCACCACAGCACUGCUCUGCAAUCCAUUCAAUGCCUGUGCUGCCUUGGGCAAUUCCUGUGAGGCCACAGGACAGGCUAAGGGAUGCCCAUCCAACAUCCCACCCCUGUGCAUACCUAGGAAGCACCUUGAUGGCUUCUCACACUAACCAGGCUCCCUUGGGUCUACGCUUAAGCUCCAGCAGCUUGUGAACUUCCCAUUGUCCUGUGAGUCCCCCCUGGGAGACGUAGGACAUAGUAUAUGGCUAACAGCAGGAGGCUCUGAGGAUAUAGGAGAUGGGCAUCAGUUGUGGGAGCAUGAAUGGACUCCAGGAUCUGACCCAGAACCAAGUCCCAGGAAUGCUCAAGCUGUGGACAUGAAAGGCUUCUGUCUACAGUGAGUGUGUGGUGAGUCUACAUUGCAGAAGGACCACACACAGAGGUUGAGGGAAUACAAAGUAAAAGGUCAGCCGCCAUGCAGUUCAGUCAGCCUGUGUGAGCUGCUUUCCUGUGGGAAGGGUUGGGGCAGGCACACAGCACAUCUGUCUCUCUGAGCCCAAGAAAGCUGCAAACCUUGUGAGUGAACCUCAAUGGCUUCAGUGACUGAGAAACAAGAACUUUCUGACCAUCUUUCUGACACUCAGUCUUCCACAUCUGAAGAGCCUGGAGGAGGGUCUCCUCUUAUGUGUCAGAGGGUAGCCUUGUGACCAAUGUCACUGGGUUUCCUUGGGAUGUUGUUCCCAGGCUGUGGGCUGUUUGGCACGUCAGGGCUUGGUGUCCGAGCCAUCUGGCUUGCUCUUUGCUUUCUGGGCUGGGCCUGCCCAUGUGCUCCCUCUACAGUCACCUGUGCCCACGUCAUUGCUGGAGUUGUCCUCUUUCACGGGCCCCACUUCACUCUACUUAAAUGCUCGAGACUUCCAGUGUGAAAGCGGGGUCUAAGAUCCAAUCCCGUGUUCGAGGCUGACUCUGUCAGGCUGUGAUCAGUGCUCCCGUCAGAAGACAUUCACAAAACCUGUGCUGUGUGCAAAGCCCUCACUACUUGCUGGAUCCCGGGAUCUUUAGGCCUGAAGACCUACCUGUCGCCAGCAGCAGACAUACUGGCAGAGUCCAGGAAAAACAGGAAGACAAAAAUGGUGGCGUAGGGCCACAUGGAAACAUCUAACAAGGUAAGGGACAGAGAGAAUGCAUGGUAGUCCAGAGAGCGAGGAGACACAUCUGUGAAGGCCACAGCCGGUCAGAGCCUGGGAGGGAAGAAUGGAAUGGACAGAGGUCCAUGGGAGAAGCCAUGUGACAUGCUGCCAGCCUGAAUCCCUGGACAUGAUGGUGUCUUUCUGUGACAGUGCAGUGUUUGUGGUCACCCAAGGGGAAGCUGUUUGUACGUCCACUUCAGGUGAAACGUCCAGAAACUCGUAAUAGUGCUCAGGCUCUGGCGUUCUUGAUGUCCACACGAGGAAAAUACCCAAAGGGUUCUUGCCCUGUGCCUGAGGAUCAGAAAACACAGUUCUGAGAGGGGUCAGAACUGUGGGAAAGAACAGGGCCAACUAGAAACGGGGAUCAUAGUGGCAUCCCAGAAUCUAGAGGCUCUGAUCCAGCUGUGGGGCUCCACCCUCUCUCACUUAUACCUGUAGGUGUGCCAAAGCCAGUGGUGAUUCUAGUUAAAACGUGUCACCAGGACCUGCGUAUGCUUCCCCUCCAACUCGAAGGAUCUGUAACGUGAGGUAACUACUUCAGUGUCCUAGGUAUUUCUACGUCCUCUAAGAUGAAAGUUUCCAAGAUAGACAGUGUAUUGAUCAGGCUAUUUCUCUCCUGUCUCAUCAGCCAGCCCUAAUCUCUCUAGAAUUCCCCCGCUGAGGCAUUAGUACAGUAGGAAGCUGCCACAAGGCUUCUGGGAUGAGGUUGCCUGAGGCUGAAGCCAAAAUCCGACAGGUGUGUGCCAAGUCCUCCUUGCUCCAUGGUUGUCAUGAACACAAGAAGCAACAGGUCCUGUUUGGCUCUCCAAGAAAGUGUUUCUUAUCUUCACACGCAUGCCUAUAACUACCCUGAAAGAAGUCAAGAGUAGUAACUGAAGAUGACGGCUCCGUCCUACAGGAGCUGGUGCAUGUGGGGUCAGGAAGGACAUAGCUCUCUGACGAUGAGGGCAGGUGGUCAUUACUGCAGAGGAUCACAUCUCAAUACCAACGCUGAACUGGAAACGCAGAGUAAAACCCUCCUCCCUGAGCAAGGUAUGCAGGAAUAUGUGAGGCUGUUGUUCACAGGAACAAAUGUCCAGGUGGAAUAUAAUGUGAUGGUGUGGUGCCCGGCAUAGGGACAAAGAUCAACGCUCUAAUGGGCCACCUCAGCAUCUCCCUGGGGUUGAGAAGAACACCCAGUGCUGAGCUCCAUCAGUGUAUCAGUGUGGAGCGUCACCCUCUGGAGAAGUGGGAGAGACUGGACUCCCACCACAGUGGACUGCAUUCUGGCCAGUAAGACAGCAACCAACCCAGUAAGGCAGUGUGUGGACAAUGAGACAGAAUUCUCUACAUGGACCCAAGUCACAAGAGAGGGCCUCUUUGUCAGCUGCCAAAAGCAUUGGUAAUCAGGGAACAAAACCUGAGCAGAUGCCCUCAAUGCCUCUAUCCCAAGGAUAAAUGUCACCCAUCCUCAUAGACACUUAAGCAGUGUUCUUUCCUCCUCUUCCCCCAUUGGUUCUAUCUCCUAUCAAGGUAAAGACAUUUCCUUCCCGUGGUCAGAGCUGAGUCUUGAAUUACUGUGAAACAUGCUGCUGUGUGCACCAGGAUCCUGCCUGAGAGCAGCAUUCACACCCAAAUGGUCAGAACCCACAAGUAAAGGUGAAGGAGGGGACAGGUGUUCUGGUGACCUCAAACACCACCAGGAUCCCCGAGGCUCACCUUCUCCAGAUGUCAGGUAACACAAUUGAAAAGAGGAUCUGGACCUCUCUGUGCUCAAAUGUCUGUAUGGACAUGCAGGACUGCACAGGCUCUGGAAGACUUUUUUUGCCAGCUGCAGGACCAGCUGAGGACCUGUGCUCUCCACAUCUACUUCUGAAAAGCUUGUACCACGUGUCCUCUGUCAAGGCCAUUCUGUGACUGACAGUGAUGUAGUGAUUCCCUGGUCUCCAUAUGAACAUACCCAGUCUGCCCCAACAGGGUGCUACUGUCACUACAGGGACACUGAGGACAGAAGGACUAUGACAGUAGGGCGCUGGAUGCAAUGAUGAUGGCAGCACCUUGUAAUGCCGACAAAAGAAGCUCAGGCCACAAAGGAGGUGGACUUCACCUGUGAGACCUGAGUGACUCCUGGAUCGGAGUAAACACCACCAGGAUCCCUGAGGCUCACCACCUCCUAAAGCACACGUAACCCACAUCAGUGCAGGUCACACCAGGGCAGCCAUCGCUGCUCCAGAGAUACUGCUGAGAGGAAAGGAAGGAGGCCUCAUCUUCUCUGUCGCCCUUGUCUUCAGAAGAAACUUGAACACUUACAUCCCUGCAGAUUUCUUAACCUGGCCUGACCCCCAUGCUAAUCUAAGGUUCCAUAUUCUCCCUGUCUGUGACUAAAGAGAAGACCACAGACAUCUGCAACUCUGAUCCUAUCCAACUGAGACUCCAGUGCUCAAGGCAAGAGUGGACAGAGACUUCUCAGUCAUACCCAAGAAAAUGUCCAAAAUCAAGCUCUGGGGGAGGUAAGAGUGGGAGAUGCUGCAGGGCUGUGGACAGAGUCUAGAGUCUAGGGAAUGAAGUCUGUCCUCAUUAGGGCCAGGAGACAAAGGAGGAAUGGGGGAGCAAACACAGAUGACAUUGGUGUCCUGAUGUGAAGCCCAAGAUCAAGGGGAGAUACUGAGAAUCCUGAGCCCUGUGAGAGUGACCCAGGACAUAGACAGUGGGUGGACCUGGUCCCCUUCACUUCAGGCUGCAGUGUUGUUACCAUGACCUAUAGAAGCACAUGUCCCAGUGAACUAUCCUCUUGCAAGGCUACUCGAACCUUCAAGCUCAUGGGUUGACUGUCCCGCCUCCAUAGAGGUGAACUGGCAUUACAAGUUGCUACUGUCAUUGUGGUGACCAUAAGGAUAGGAGGAACAUGAGAGUGGGUGGCUGCAUGGGAAAAUGUUGGGGAGGCAAAGCUAUACCUGGAAGCUACAUGGUGUAAACCCUGAGCCCGUCUUCAGGCCUUUAUUCUAUGAUGGUGUCCUCCUAGUCACAACCCUGUCACCAGAAGACAGCAACAUCUUCCCAGACUCCCUUAGCCUUGCUUCUCAGUCUUGAGAUUGAAGAGCCUCCAGGAGGCCUCUGCAGAUCAGUCAGUGGGUGGCCCCUGACCACUGCCACUGCAUUUCUGCAUUUCCUUAGAGUUGUGUUCUAACUGUGGGCUGACUGAGGAGCUGGCCUCCCAGUCCUCAUCGUACAACCUGUUCAUCACGACCUGGACUGUGCCUGCCCCUGUCCUACGGUACCAUCAUGGAAGCCAUCGCUCCCUUCAGAGGCCUGACUUCAUUCUUUUUUUUUUUUUGGUUCUUUUUUUCGGAGCUGGGGACCGAACCCAGGGCCUUGUGCUUCCUAGGCAAGUGCUCUACCACUGAGCUAAAUCCCCAACCCCCUGACUUCAUUCUUACCCACAAGGAUUUAGGGUGAAGAUUGGCUCUGAGAUGUGACCCCAGCUUCCAUCCUGUCUCUAUACAUUCAUGUGAUCUGUCCUUUGGUCAGUUGCCGUUCACUAUGCACAGUGAUGUGCAAGGCCCUCGCUAGGGGCUGGAUCCCAGGAUCACUGGUGUGGUGGACAAGCUGUGCCCAAGGAGCUGACACUUGGGCAGGGUCCAGGGCACUUGGGAAGACAAAGGUGAUGACGUGAUGGGAAAGUCAGAAGAUGAGGAGGCCAUCUUGAUAGGAGGACAAGAUGCCUCCAGUUAUGAUUCUGACCUUAAAUAAACAGUGAAGGGUCACUAGGCUUUUCUGACAGGAACAACACAGGAUGGAGCCAAGAUCCUGAUUCUGUGCACCGACGUCCUUCCCUGUUUCUGGUUGCUGAGGACGGUCUGAAGAGAAAGACAGGACCUGCUGUGUCAGUAAAUGCCCAACCUCUGGAACUCUGUGUGUUGGAACUGUAGUUGCUGCUAAUGCUGCUGCCUCUGAGGCAAAAAUCUAGUUCAGCUCAUGAGAAAAUGAGCUUUCCAUCCCCUAAACUGAACUUUCUGUCUCAGAGCAGACGGUGUAUACACUUGAAAGGAAAGACCAGAUCCUGGUGCUUUCCCACAAGAUGCUGCUGGAUAUGGCCCCGUGGCAGGCCAAGAGCCUCUGUCUGCCAGACAGGAGACACCAUCACUGAGUCCAGCAAGCUCACGUGCAUCAUCACAAGCAGAUGUUGGAUGGAGGUCUGGGAAACACAGUGUGGACACGUGUGAUUUAGGUCCUCCAUUUCAGUGCCUAGACCUAGAAUUCCUCUGCACGUUGGGGCUUGGAAAAUGGCCACGUGCAGAGGGGCUGGCAGUUCAGGGAGCAGGGACAAAUCUGCACGGUCCUACCUCCCAGAAGAUGAGGCGAGGCGUUGCGGUUAGCAUGACUCGUGACAUGAAGCACACAGAGGUUCACCACGAAUCUGAAAGUCAAGACACCGACCUCCAUUAAUAUUGUCUUCCUUAGCCUUCCCUUAGAGACAAAACUGAAAGUCACCGUGGACCUUAUCUUUAACAUGCUGAGUGCAUCUCAACAUUGAUCAUCGUGAAUAGACCUUCUAACCAACACUAAGAAUUCAUUUCCCAGAAAAUGGAACAUCCUUGUGGAAAUGACAUCUCUGGACCCUCAUAAGCCCAUCCUGGUGGAGGGUAGAGCUCUGUCAGUCAUGGGAGCAGUGCGUCUCUGCAGGUCAAGAUGAGUGGAUUCGUGGAAACUUUUAUCAAAAUGUGUUAAUGAUCUCAAGCAUUUGACUGUUAACUAUGGAGGAAGAACCAUUGGCCAUCAUCCUCACCCGUGGAUGUGUCUAUAUGUCCGUCCCAGCCCUUGAGCUGUCAAGUCUCCAGGGAAAACUUCGUAGGGGAAGCUGCAGGAUCUACGUGUGGGUCUCUUUGCUUGCCUUCAGUACACGGAUAACACAGCCUCUUGUCACAAACAUUUUGGCCUUGCUGAUGUCCCCAGCUUAGCACUGGAUUGCAGCCAAUAGCUUGGGCUCUAUAAGGAGAGACCAAAUCCUUAGGAAGUACAUGGAAAGCAUCCAUGCACAGGAGGAAAGUUCAAGGACCAAAGUCUCAUCAGACAUUGCAAGAUACAGAGAGCCUGAGAGCCUCAGGUCAGAGGUUACCUUGAAUCCUAGAAGAGGAAGAAGGCCCCACUCCACAGAAGAAGCUUGGUGGCGAUGCUGUUGCAACCAGGACUAGGAAUGUGAAACUUGUGUUUCUGUGAUACCAGGUUUAGGAGUCUUGUGCCCAGGUAUCCACAGUCCUCCUCAGGUACCUCAUCUAUGAGAGAGUCCUGACAUUGGGAGUGUCAUGUCCUGAUCUUAUCCCACUUGACACAUGGGCUAAGAAAGAUUUUUUAAGGAAAGAUUUCAAGAGGCAGGAAAUAGGCGGACCCACAGGCGACAUUAAAACUCCCAUUCUGUACUUUGUGGUUAUUGACCCUUUUCAUAUUUGUUUGACUAAGAACAAGGCUCUGAGCCUGAUAUUUCCAAGAUUCACCUCUAUGCAAUUCAGAAUCCCACAGCUCAAAUCUGUACAGAUACCACUCUGGAACGAGUCCCGGGACAAGGUGCCUGACAUGGGUUUCAUCCAUGUUUUAUUUACAGGCCUAUGCCUGAGCAACACUAAACCUACAGAGAAUCAUUCAGAGAUUCCAACUUUAGACAUUGGGAGGGGACGUUAAAGAAAACGACCUGUGCAAGGCUCACAGAGCCAUGUCAUGCAUUUUGACCCUUAGUGCUGUGAUUGCCAUGCUCUCUGGCAAUCUCAAAGUGAGCUCACCAUUUACAGAAUAGCAGUGCAGGGCAGCAGAGCAAUGCAGUGGCCCUACGGUGGUGUAGUGAGUGGUUCCAGUGGAUACUGAAAUCACUACAUCCUCUGCUUUUAGGAGGAAAGCAAAAGGAAAGUGGGAGGGAUUGUGUGAGGGUGAGAUUCAUGACUCAAUGUAGCCCAGGUAUCAGCUCCCCCAUCCGGAAGAGCACAUCUGCCUCUGUAUGGAGGCUUCAGGUCAGCAAUGCCACCUGGGACACAGGAAUUCAUUAUCACCUAUGAAGUCACUGUACCUGACAUCUUGCUCUAGGAUAGACCAAAAACAAGAUAGUUAUAUCCCAUCACCCAGGUUCCUGUCCAUAAAUCCCCAUCCCACCCCCUUCCCCUGUGUCUUUGAGGGUGUUCCCCCACCCACAUACACAUUCCUGCUUCCCCAGUAUGACAUACUCCUAGGCUGGGGUCCCGCCUUGCCAGGACCAAGGGCUUGCCAAUACAGAAACCAGCACAUGACUGCAAUCGGGGAUUCUUUGGAAGGUACAGGAUUGUUGGAGUGUAAAAGAGGGCUGAGAAACCAAUAGAAGUGUAUGGCAGAUGCUGGAGUCAUGUGGCAGUUAGCAUGGAGGCCACAUGCAGCUGGAUAGAUGGGCUCCCUUGCUCUGACGGAAGCAGAGCCGUGAAGGGCCUGCCUGAGCCCUCCAUCGGUACCUUUAGGUCCAGCUGCUUCUCUUGCAAGUCACAAGCAGUAUGAAGCUCUGCUCUUGGCUGCCAGCAUCACAUGGCCUUGUUCACAUUGCAGACAGGGCUUACAGGAAUCUAUUCUCUUCCUACCUAUGAGCUGGAAUAGAGACCAGAGAACAUCAGGUCCCUAGGGCCAGUCUUCUGGCUAUCCCCAGAGUGAAUCAGAGAAAUACUUCUUUAUUGAAUAUUUUUUAUUUACAUUUCGAAUAUUAUCCCCUUGCCCGGUUUCCCAUCCAUAAACCCCCUAUCCCACCCCUUCCCCCUGCAUCUAUGAGGGUGUUCACCCACCACCCAACUCUUCCUGCCUCCCCAGCCUGACAUACCCCUACACUGGGAGUCCAGCCUCCCCAGGACUAAAGGCUUCUCCUACCAUUGAUGCCCGACAAGCUUAUCCUCUGCUACAUAUACAGCUACAGCCAUGGGUAACCCCAUACUCUUUAGGUGGUGACUUAGUCCCUGGGAACUCUGGUUGGUUGGUAUUGUUGUCCUUAUGGGGUUGCAAACCGCUUCAGCUCCUUCAAUCCUUCCCUAACUCUUCCAUUGGGGACCCUGUUCUCAGUUCAAUGGUUGGCUGCAAUCAUCCUCACCUCUGUAUUUGUCAGGCUCUGGCAGAGCCUCUCAGGAGACAGUUAUAUCAGGCUCCUGUCAGCACGCACUUCUUGGCAUCUGCAAUAGUGUCUGGGUUUGGUGACUAUGUAUAUGGGUGGAUCCCCAGGUGAGGCAGUCUCGGGAUGGCCUUUACUUCAGUCUCUGCUCCAAACUUUGUCUUCAUAGUUCCUCCUGUGAAUAUUUUUGUUCACCCUUCUAAGGACUGAAGCAUCUGCACUUUGGUCAUCAUUCUUCUUGAGCUUCAUGUGGUCUGUGGAUUGUAUCUUGGGUAAUCUGAGCUUUGUGGCUAAUAUCCACUUAUCAGUGAGUGCAUAUCAUGUGUGUUUCUCUGUGUUUCGGUUACCUCACUCAGGAUGGUAUUUUCUAUUUCCAUCCACUUUCCUAUGAAUUUCAUGAAGUCAUUGUUUUGAUAACUGAGUAGCACUCCAUUGUGUAGAUGCACCAACUUUUCUGUAUCCAUUCCUCUGCUGAAGGGCAUUUUGGUUCUUUCCAGCUUCUGGCUAUUAUAAAUAAGGGUGCUUAUGAACAUAGGGGAGUAUGUGUACUUGUUAUAUGUGGGAGCAUCUUUUGGGUAUAUGCUCAAAAGUGGUAUACUCGGGUCCUCAGGUACUACUAGGUCCAAUUUUCUGAGGAAUCUCCAUACUGACUUCCAGAGUGGUUGUAUCAGCUUUCAAUCCCACCAACAAUGGAGGACUGUUCCUCUUUCUCUAUAUCCUGGCCAGCAUCUGUUGUCACCUCAGUUUUUUAUCUUAGCCAUAGUGUGAAUUGGAAUGUCAGGGUUGUUUUGAUACAUUUCCCUGACGACUAAGGAUGUUGAACAUUUCUUUAUAUGCUUUUCAGUCAUUCAGUAUUUCUCAGUUGUGAAUUCUUUGUUUAGAACUCUACCCCAUUUUUAAUAGGGUUAUUUGUUUCUCUGGAGUCUAACUUAUUGAGUUCUUUGUAUAUGUUGGAUAUUAGCCCUCUAUCAGAUGUAUGAUUGGUAAAGAUCUUUUCCCAAUCUGUUGGUUUCUUUUUUGUCCUAAUGACAGUGUCUUUUGCCUUUCAGGAGCUUUGCAAUUUUAUGAAGUUCCAUUUGUCUAUUCUUGAUCUUCGAGCAUAAGCCAUUCGUCUUCUGUUCAGAAAAUCGUCCCCAGUGUCCAUGUUUCGAGGCUCUUCCUGACUUUUUUUUCCAUUACUUUCAGUGUAUCUGGUUUUAUGUGUGGGGUCCUUGAUCCACUUGGAGUUGAGAUUUAUUCAGGUCGAAAAGAAUGGAUCAAUUUGCAUUCCUCUACAUGCUGACCUCCAGUUGAACCAGCACCAUUUUUUGAAAAUGCUAUCUUUUUUCCACUGGAUGGUUUUAGCUCCUUUGUCAAAGAUAAAGUGACCACAGGUGUGUAGGUUCAUUUCUGGGUCUUGAAUUCUAUUCUAUUGAUCUACCUGCCUGUCUCUGUACCAAUACCAUACAGUUUUAUCACUAUUGCUCUGUAUACAGCUGGAGGUCAGAGAUGGUGAUUCCCCCAGAAGCUCUUGCUAUUUUGGGUUUUUUAUUAUUCGAAAUGAAUUUGCAAAUGGCUCUUUCUAACUCUAUCAAGAAUUGAAUUGGAAUUUUGAUGGGAAUUGCAUUGAAUCUGUAGAUUGCUUUUGGCAAGAUGACUAUUUUUCCUCUAUUAAUCCUGCCAAUCCAUGAGCAUGGGAGAUCUUUCCAUCUUCUGAGAUGUUCUUUGAUUUCUUUCUUCAGAGACUUGUCAUACAGAUCUUUCACUUGCUUGGUUAGAGUCACACUGAGGCAUUUUACAUUAUUUGUGACUAUUGUGAAGUGUGUCAUGUCCCUAAUUUCAUUCUCAGCCUGUUUAUCCCUUGAGUAGAGGAAGGCUACUGAUUUGUUUGAGUUAACUUUAUAUCCAGCCACUUUGCUGAAGUUGUUUAUGAGGUUUAGGAGUUCUCCGUUGGAAUUUUUGGGGUCACUGAAGUAUAUUAUCAUAUCAUCUGCAAAUAGUGAUAUUUUAACUUCGUCCUUUCCAAUUUGUAUCCCUCUGACCUCCAUGUUGUCUGAUUGCUCUGGCGAGCACUUCAAGUUCUACACUGAAUAGGUGUGGAGAGAGUGGCAGCCUUGUCUAGUCCCUGACUUUAGUGUCAUUGCUUCAAGUACCUCUCCAUUUAGUUCCAUGUUGGCAACUGGUUUGCUGUAUAUUGUUUUACUAUGUUUAGGUAGGGACCUCGGAUUCCUGGUGUUUUCAAGACUUUUAACAUGAAGGGGUGUUGAAUUUUGUCAAAUGCUUUCUCAGCACCUAGUGAGAUAAUCACGUGGGUUUUUUCUGUGAGUUUGUUCAUAUAGUAGAUUAUGUUUAUAGAUUUCCAUGUGUUGUACAAUCUCUGCAUCCCUGGGAUGAAGCCUACUUGAUCAUGGUGGAUGAUUGCUUUGAUAUGUUCUUGGAGUCACAAGAACUUCAUUGAGUAAUUUUGUAUCAACAUUCAUAAGGGAAAUUGGUCUGAAGCUCUCUUUCGUUUUUGGGUCUCUGUGUGGUUUAGCUAUAGGUGAACUGUGACGUCAUAGAAGGAAUUGGGUAGUGUUCUUUCAGUCUCUAUUUUGUGGAACAGUUUGGAGAGUACUGGUAUUAGGUCUUCCACGAAGGUCUGACAUAAUUCUGCACUAAACCCAUCCAGUCCUGGGCUUUUUUGGUUGGGAGACUCUAAUGAGUGCUUCUAUUUCUUUAGGAGUUGUGGGACUGUUUAGAUGGUUUGUCCAAUCCUGAUCUAACUUUGGUACCUGGUAUCUGCCUAGAAAACUGUCCACAUCAUCCAGAUUUUCCAGUCUUGUUGAGUACAGGCUUUUGUAGUAGGAUCUAAUGAGUUUUUGAAUUUCCUGUUUCUGUUGUUAUGUCUCCCUUUUCAGUUCUGAUUUUGUUGAUUUGAAUACUCUCUCAGGGAAAUAUUUUAACAUCACAUUUCCUGCUCUUAGAAGUCAAAUAACCUGUCAGACCAGUAUUCUUCUCAAGGUUAAUACUCUAGGGUCAUCUAAGCCAGGCCUGUCCCUCAGCUCUUCUUGCUGGCUAUUUCUUCUUAUUGCUGGUCAGUCAUUACCUCUGUGGUGUUGAAGAGCAGCAGAGGGUUGAGAAAGGACAGCAAAGUCACCCUAAAACUCUACCCUAGUGUUCACACACUGAGAGGCACUUAAGAUUCACCUAAGAACUACUCAAGUGUGCACACUUGGACUCCACCACAAAGAAAAGUAAAUCAAAGCAGACAUGGCCUCAGGAGUUUGGAGACUGACUCAUCCCUGCUUGCUCAGUGAGUAUUUCAUACACUAUACUUUAUCCAAAGAACCAGAGCCAGAGCCACUAAGGGAGUGGCAGGAUGUGGAGUGCAAUUACAGCCAAUGGCAUCCUCAGUGUCAAGCCAAGCAGCUGCAGGGAAGCCUCAAACCCAGACUGCUGGGCGGGGCCAAGAUCCAGCAAGGAAGGCUUCCUCAGGGAAAACCAUUCCCAAGUGUAUUACAGCUCAAUAAGACGGAUGCUCUCGGAUGAUUCUUGGUGAAAUAACUCUGCACUUUCUUUGUUACUCGAAGGAGGUAGACAUUCUGUAAUCAUUACCAGAUGUGCCAGACUCAAAAGAAAGACCACAUCUCACAAAGAACUAAGAACCAAGAAGUAUGAUUGUUCCCCAGAGUUUCAAGCCUCCCCUUUUCCCAAGCCCAUGGCCAAAAUAAGAAUUAUAAACUUGUCAUUUCUACUUCAGAGCUCAGAGCUCCAGGCCAACUACAAGGUGUUUCCUGAGAAGCUCUAAUGAUAAAUGGCACGGCAAAGGUGGCAGGCACUGGUUAGAAAGAAACAGGUUAAUCCCUAACUCAGCACUUCUGCUAGCUUCUGCUUCUGCAUGCUGCAAACAAUGAUUCUCAUAAGAGUCCCAGUGCAUUAACAUGGUUUUACUAGUGUAUACAUGUACGCAUUCUACAUCUUCUUUCAGAAGUCUCCUUUUACUUAUCAUUCAUAGCCAAAGGAGACCAGGAACCACUCUCAAGUAUUAUGUAAAACCAUUUAAUAAGUUCAAUAGCUUCUUCCCUCAUGAAUUAAAGUAUCCUGUGCUUGUGUUCCCUUCUUCCAUUUUUCCCUGGUCUCAUGAUUGUGUCUCUCAUAUUAAUGAUUUUCAUAGUUCCAGUAAAUUUCUUCUUUCUGGUAAUGGACCCUGUAUGAUUCUCUGUUCCAUUUUCUUAAUUUAUUUCUAGACAUAAUUUCUUCAAACUUUCUUUGCAAGUCUGACAUUAACGGGAAACUACUGUUGUGCAGUUAUCGCGUUGUUCCAAAAAUGAGAGUGCACCCAGGGUUGUUGGGUUAAUUUUCCAGAACCUCUUUCACAGCACAAACCUGGGCCAUUCAGACUGUGCUGUGCUGUCCCCCCAUGCCUCAGUUUUUGAUUGUUUCAGAAUCAUUUUAUCAAUGAACAUCUAGUUACACAGAAUUCAUGAGAGCAGAGGGAGAAAUAGGACAGUCAGAUGUAGUAGAAUAAUUGCGCACACCAAGGCUGACUGAAAAGCAGUCACACACAAAUGAAAUGUAUAUAGCCAUUGUCCAGGGCUAACGUUGGACAAAUGGGAACAACCUUCUACAAGGAGCAGCCAGCAGUCUUCUGAGAUGCCACCGUCCAGGCCUGCUGAGGGCCGCUCCUUAUUCCUGAUGGCUGACCCCUGGAGGGAUGAGUCUCCUGCUUCUGAGGGUCCCAUGUCAUCCAUGUCAUGCUACGCUGUCCCCAGAAGUCUGCUGUUGGCACCACAUCUGGACUACACAUAUAUUUGUACAUGUCUUUUCAAGGGAUGCCGCCUAGUGCACAGACAACUCUUUUGUGUGGGAGACACAGGUUUAUUGAUAAGAGCCUUUGAUCUGCAGCUUAAAACCAUCCUCUAGACCCAUGCUGCCUCAGAUCCUGAGGCCUGGGAGGAUGAAGGUGGGGAGGACAAGGUGAGGAUGCUCAGUAAGGACAGCUCCGUAUUAACAGUGGGUCAGGCAAGCUUUCUCCAGAGUGCUGUUGGCCUCACGUGUGAAGCUGAGGCAGUUUAGUAGACAAAGGAACAGAUAAGCACAGUCUGAUUUGAAAAUCAUGGAGCGCUUCUGUCAGAGGGACCUUCUGAAGUGCACUAACAUGGAGGCUUUCUUCAUAGUGGGUGGGAGAGCCGUGAGCCUGACACAGGAAGCCCCGGAGCUAACGGUUUGGGAGGAGGGAGGAUGGGGAGAGACAGGAAGGAUAAGAGAGAAAAAGAGGAAAGGGAGAGAAAGGAGAGAAUGUGUAGACAGAAACUUAGAGAGAUGGAGUGGGUUUUAUUCGUUCCUUAGGUUCAACUCACUUUAAAUAUUCACUUCUCUCUUAGUGUAUAAAUUAUAGCUGAGUUUUAGGUUUUAACAAGAACACUGGUGGUGAUGUAUAAAACUAGUGAUACAGCAUUACAGAAGUGACUCCAUUUCCCACAUUUCUUAUAAAAGCAGUCUCUUUGUCCAGGCUCACACAAACUUUUAAAUUCUACCUGCACCCAAUAUGGCUCCUGAUCCUGCCUUCUCCGGAUUGGCGAGUUCUUUCGCAUGGACUGCUCUUAUGUCAGUGUAGACAACUAAAGGUUCAGGAAUGCUAAAACCAUGCUGACACUGAAGACAGGAGCAGCUUGAGCUUCCACUCCCAAACAGGGAACAGCAGCUCACAGGCCAAGUGCAGCCUGGUAUCUCACCAGGUCUUAAGUGACCAGAGAUCUGUCUUAAAGGGAGAGGCGAUAUUAAUCAGGCUCUCACUUGGAUAAGGAACUGCAAGAGGAAUUUUCCUUGAUAGUGGGAGCUGAAACUAAAAGGAUGUGGAUGCAGAAAGGGCUGUUCAAAUUCAAGGUUUGGGUUAACAAAAUGUAACACACUGUCAAGAUUGUGGCUCCAUGGUCAUUCCUGUAGGGUGAGAGCCCACGGUCUGUCCAUGGUGAGGUUCCUGUACUGCCCUGAAAUCCAGCCUAGCUUGCAGUGCUCAUGUACAGGGUUUCCCCGUGUGCCUGCAGUCUGGGUUCCUGGUUUUCCCAGACAGUGACAUCCUUCACCUCCAUGUGCAUAACUCCAGGAACUCUCCUCUUUAGUCCUGCUCAUUCUCUGUUGUACCCAGGUGAGCUUGACCAUAGCAGAGCUCUACACGCGUGUGUUAAAGCAUACUUUUCAUCUUUCCCUAAUGCUACUCCUUAACACCCCAACACCUGUCUGUUGGAGAUUGAGCCCAUGGCUGCUGCUCUGAAAGGGCAGCAGCGGUGAGCUGUGUGCAUAGCCAGCGGUUAUUUAAUAUCUGUAGCGUCACCGUCCAAAAUCUUCAUUCUGAAUUACUGUUGGUGACAGAUCAAAUCAAAUAAUUAAAAAACCCCAUAUAAUAUUUCAUGCAUGGCACUACAGUGCAGGGAAGCUGCCAGAGAGCACGGUUCGUCCCAGAGUAAGCCAAGGGGGCAGAUCAUCCUUGGGUGAAAAUUUGGUUUGGGGAAAGUAAAAGUUGCUUAGUAUUAAUAAUGUCUACUCCCCUGAUUCUUUGUUAUUCUGGGGCCGGAAACCUAUGGCUUCAGGCAAAGCAACACCUGUUUCUUAAGAGUGGGUACAGGGGGUACAGGGGGUGGUGUGAUGGGUUUAUUGCUAGAGCUCUCACUUCUCAUGACAGGGCCUGGAGCCCUUCACUGGCCAGGCUGGUUAACUACUUGUGAAUUAGAAUGGAAGGAAAGGAAAAUAACUAAAUUUUUGUACACAAGCAAAUAUGCACAGACACACAGACACACAGACACACACACAUUCUAGUAUAUCCAUCUGUCUCAAUCAACUCUAUACACACACGUACAUAUUACCAGACAGACAUAUACAUUUUGAUGAAUGGUUGGAUGGAUUGGGCAAAGCUCCCCUAGCCAAGCCCAUCUUUCUUUUCAUAGGCAAAAUGUCUAAGAAAUUACCUCAUAUAAAAUGUUACGCAAAAUGGAGGUUACGAUAGGAUGCUGAUAUUAUUUCAGAGCCUGUUUGAUUCUACAAGCUCCUUCUAUGUUCAAAGCAGCAGUUUUCACAUGGCCUUGCCUUAUCAUAGUGCACACCCUGGCUUUAUCCUUGAAUAUGCCCUAGAAUGAAUGGUCUCCCUUGAUCACAAAUUGACCCAAGUCUAUUUCUCUUAAGCGUAAGUACAAAAGCUCACUGUAUUCCUUACUAUGCAGCCUUUACUUAAUAUUAUGAGGAAUGGGCACAUUCUAUUCCUGAUUCUGACUUUGUUACUUUUUUUUUUUUGAAAAACAACUAAAGCCAUCUUUUAAAACUUUC